GAACGCCUCCAGGAAAAGAAAUUAAAUGCACACACACAGAGGCACCCAGGGACGGCCGAUUUGAAAAUAUUCCUGAGAACGCAAUUUGCGCUCAUGCGGCAGAGCGUCACAUGAAAGAGGCCGCCUGAAGAGCUGGCUGGCACAGGUUUAUUUUGUUGUAGUAUUUUCUUCCACCCCCCAGCUCUUUACCCAGUGGAAUGAUAUCCAGAGCAAGUUUUUCGAGACAGGAAGUGAGGAAUGUUUUCACUAUGAGUGAUCUGAGAAGAAGGUGGGUUAGCCGAGCUAGCAGCUGCUUGGGACAAGAGGAGCACAGAAAGUCAGUUCCCGAGGAAUACCGAUGAGAUGGCUCCGGCAGGAGAAGGCUUGGAGCGCUGGGGGCUGUGUUCGGCUGCACGUAUGUGAGAGGAGACCUGCUGUCUUUGGGUCGCUGUGCAAGGACUCCAGUGGAUGUCUCUUCUCCUUGUCUCUUGGUGGAAAACUUGCUUGGCUUUAAUGGAUACUGCUGCUGCUGGUUGAUCUCUGGAGACUUUACAGCUCCUUACCUUUUGAGAGGAGGUGAUUUCUCGUCACCCCUCGAGGUCUCAGUGGUAGUAGCUCUUUAUCACUAACCAUCACUGGGGGAAAGAGAAGAUGCCUCUGCCUUUUGGGUUAAAAUUGAAACGAACUCGACGUUACACAGUAUCCAGCAAGAGCUGCUUGGUGGCUCGUAUCCAGCUGCUCAACAAUGAAUUUGUGGAGUUCACACUGUCAGUGGAAAGCACGGGCCAGGAAAGUCUGGAAGCAGUGGCUCAGAGGCUUGAAUUGCGGGAGAUUACAUAUUUCAGUCUCUGGUAUUAUAAUAAGCAGAAUCAACGCAGAUGGGUAGAUUUGGACAAGCCUCUAAAAAAGCAGCUGGACAAAUAUGCCUUAGAGCCAACUGUGUAUUUUGGAGUAGUAUUCUAUGUGCCUACUGUUUCUCAGCUUCAGCAGGAGAUUACCAGGUAUCAGUAUUACUUGCAAUUAAAGAAAGACAUAUUGGAAGGCAACAUUCCUUGCACAUUGGAACAAGCAAUACAUCUGGCUGGUUUGGCAGUUCAGGCGGAUUUUGGAGACUAUGAUCAGUAUGAAUCUCAGGAGUUUCUACAAAGAUUUGCUUUGUUUCCAGUGGGUUGGCUACAAGAAGAAAAAAUAUUGGAAGAAGCAACACAGAAAGUUGCCUUACUACAUCAGAAGUACAGAGGCCUUACUCCUCCUGAUGCAGAAAUGUUAUAUAUGCAAGAAGUAGAAAGAAUGGAGGGAUAUGGUGAAGAGACCUAUCCUGCAAAGGACAGCCAAGGAAGUGACAUAUUCAUUGGAGCAUGUCUUGAUGGUAUCUUUGUGAAACACAAAAAUGGUCGUCCUCCUGUUGUAUUUAGGUGGCAUGAUAUUGCCAACAUGUCCCACAAUAAAUCCUUUUUCGCAUUAGAAUUGGCAAACAAAGAAGAGACAAUUCAGUUCCAAACUGAAGAUAUGGAAACAGCAAAAUAUGUGUGGAGGAUGUGUGUGGCUAGACACAAAUUUUACAGACUAAAUAAAUGCAGCCUAGACUCCUUGGACUCUCCACCUGAGGAGGGCUCUCAGAAAUCUUCCCUCAUUCUUUCCCUUCCACGCUUUCCAAUCCUUUCUCGUCCUUCACUUCCCAAAGGACAAACUCAGCCUGUUACAGUGAAUCCUGUUAGAAGACGAUCUUCAUCCAGAAUGUCCAUGCCCAAGCCUCAGCCUUUUAUGAUGCCUCCACCACCUCAGCUGCAUUACAAUGGUCAUUAUAGUGAACCAUAUGCAUCUUCCCAAGAUAACCUCUUUGUGAGCAAUCAGAAUGGAUACUACUGUCACUCCCAGACUAGCUUGGAUAGAACCCCUCAUGACUACAGUGGUCGGAUCCGCAAUGGGAGUGUGUAUAGUGCACACAGCACAAACUCCUUGAACAAUCCACAGCAUUACUUGCAGCCAUCCCCCAUGUCCUCUAACCCAAGCAUUACUGGAAGUGAUGUCCUCAGAACUGAUUAUGUCCCAUCACACAGACACAGUGCACUAAUACCACCUUCUUAUCGUCCCACACCAGACUAUGAGACUGUGAUGAGGCAGCUCAACAGGGGGAUGGUGCACACAGAUAGGCAGAGUCAUUCAAUGAGAAAUCUUAACAUCAGCAACUCGUAUGCUUACAGCAGGCCUGAUGCCUUAGUGUACAGCCAGCCUGAAAUUCGAGAGCAUGCCCACUUUGCUGCCCCACAGUCUAACCAUUAUCCAUUUAACCUGAACUACAGCUUCCAUAGCCAAUCCCCCUAUCCCUAUCCUGCUGAAAAGCGCCCAGUUGUUGGGGCAGUCAGUGUGCCUGAGCUGACAAACGUGCAGCUCCAGUCUCAGGAUUACCCAGCCCCAAAUAUAAUGAAGACUCAAGUCUAUCGACCACCUCCCCCAUACCCGUACCCAAGACCUGCAAAUAGUACUCCAGACCUUUCUCGACACAUCUACAUCAGCAGCAGCAAUCCAGAUCUUAUCACAAGGCGAGUGCACCAUUCUGUCCAGACAUUUCAGGAAGACAGCCUGCCUGUGGCACAUUCUCUUCAGGAGGUCAGCGAACCUCUAACAUCAGCACGCCAUGCUCAGCUGCAGAAAAGGAACAGUAUUGAAAUAGCAGGCUUGACUCCCAGCUUUGAAGGAAUAAGAAUUAAAGAGAGGACCAUGUCAGCUUCUGCAGCAGAUGUGGCUCUUCCAAGAGUUAUCUCAGAAGGGUCACAGCCCAACAUUCUCAUGGAGAGAACGAAGCAAAAAGAAGGUGAGCAAGAAGAAUGCGUGAACUGUGAUCACAAAAAAACCCUUUCAGAUGCCACUAUGCUGAUCCACAGUAGUGAGGAAGAAGAAGAAUUUGAAGAAGAGAAUAAGGCCAGUACAAGUCUUUCUCCUCUCCCUGAAGAUCAAACCCAACUUUCGUCUGUUAUGGGAGGUUAUUCUCAUGAUUCAGUACUAAACUACCCUUACAGCUCUGUUGCUUCAUCUGCUGGCGCUUUGCAUAUUCUUGAGCCUAAAUUACAUAUCACAGAGGCAGAAAAAAGAAUGAAAGAUAUGAGCCCUGUUCAUGUACUAGUAGAAAGCCAGGUACAAAGAAGAGGGGAAGGACUGCUUACUCCAUCUAUGUCAGAAUCUGAUCUUACAACAUCAGGGAGAUACAGAGUAAGGAAAGAUUCAGUAAAGAAGAGACCUGUGUCCGAUCUUUUGUCUGGGAAGAAGAAUAUUGUGGAAGGCCUUCCCCCUCUAGGUGGUAUGAAGAAGAAUAAAAAUGAUGCAAAAAAAAUGGGGCCUCUGAAGCUAGCUGCCCUAAAUGGACUGGCAUUGACUAGAAUGCCUCUGCCAGAUGAGGGGAAGGAAGAAUCAACAAGAGCAACAAAUGAUGAACGAUGUAAAAUGCUGGAGCAGCGGUUGGAGCAGGGGAUGGUGUUCACGGAAUACGAGCGCAUCCAGAAGAAAAGGCUGAUGGACGGCGAGUGCUCAAUAGCUCGGCUGCCUGAAAAUGCUGAGAGGAACCGCUUCCAGGACGUCCUUCCUUAUGAUGAUACCAGAGUAGAGCUGGUCCCAACCAAAGAAAAUAACACGGGGUACAUCAAUGCAUCUCAUAUCAAGAUCUCUGUUGGUGGCAUAGAGUGGGAUUACAUUGCCACACAGGGCCCUUUGCAAAAUACAUGUCAGGAUUUCUGGCAGAUGAUCUGGGAACAAGGGAUUGCCAUCAUAGCUAUGGUGACAGCAGAGGAAGAAAGUGGGAGAGAAAAAAGCUUCAGAUACUGGCCACGUCUUGGCUCAAGACACAACACUGUGACAUACGGAAGAUUUAAGAUUACCACGCGAUUCCGUACCGACUCAGGCUGCUAUGCAACUACAGGUUUGAAGAUUAAACAUCUUCUCACAGGACAGGAGAGAACGGUUUGGCAUUUGCAGUAUACUGACUGGCCAGAGCAUGGCUGUCCAGAAGAUUUAAAGGGAUUUUUAUCGUACUUGGAGGAGAUUCAGUCGGUGCGGCGCCACACGAACAGCACGGCAGAGCCCAAGAGCUCGAAUCCGCCCCUGCUGGUGCACUGCAGCGCGGGCGUGGGGCGGACUGGGGUGGUCAUACUGGCAGAGAUCAUGAUCGCCUGCUUGGAACACAAUGAGAUGCUGGACAUCCCACGAGUGCUGGAUAUGUUGAGGCAGCAGAGAAUGAUGAUGGUGCAGACUCUUUCACAGUACACGUUUGUCUAUGGAGUUCUCAUUCAGUUUCUCAAAAGUUCUAGACUUAUCUAAUGCCUGCCACUUCCUAAGAGACUCUGCAAGAGGUUACAGAAAGAAAAUCAGAGUUGUGCAGACCUGCUCUCACUGGUGUUCUCUUUGUAUGAUGAAUCACAGCGUUACCAUUUAGGGCUGCCAUGUGACUGUUAAACGCGAGUCAGUGUAACAGUCCCUGCACAGCAGGAUCUCCGCUGGACUGAAUUCUUCCCAUGGUCAGCCACAGUCACAUUAAGGAAUGAUUUAACUUGCACAUGUUCUUUAGAGUGGUGUUACUCUGAGCAAAAUAAGUGUCUUAUGGAAUGGAGGUAUAUAGUACAAUUUUACUAACAUUAUGUUUUGAAACAUACUUGUUGACUGUGCAAAAGCUAAAAUCUGUAGGUGCACAUGGGGUCAGAAACCUGCCCCUUGGGAAUGUCAAGGUCUUAUGCAGUUUGAUUCUGCUUUCAAUUUUAUAUUUAGAACAAUACAUCUGUAUUUUUAAAAAUGAACAUUUGGUUUCCUCUAGUUUACUUAGCAAAAUGAGCAGCUCUUAGAUAUUUUAAGCGCUGCUUUAAAGACACUUAUUUUUAUAUUCGGGAUUUUUAAAAUUAAAAACAGAAAAUGUUUUAAACAUAACUAUAUUUUCAGAGGAAAAGACUGACAAUGUUUGAAACAACUUUUCAAAAAUCGUGCAGAAAGUCCUAGGGAAGCUUUUGGUAGUUAGUUGGACUGCCAUAUAAUAGAGCAGACAAGUGAAAGAUAAUGGUAACUGUUGAUAACUUUCAUUUGAGGGGAGACAUGUUUACCUGCAGCGGGCAGGGGAAAAAUAUUUUAAGUAUCUACAAGAUAUUGGAAACAAAUGGAUGAGAGAAAAUGCAUAUUCAGUAUUAUUCAUAUAUUUAGAGGACAGUUUGAUUUUACUGGCUGAAAUCAAAGUGGAUGCAAAUGUUUUAAGCACUUUUUUUUGCUCUGUUAUUUAUGUAGCUAAAUAUAGAGACUAUAAUCAUGCAUUGUUUCAUUUGGUAAUAUACCAUUACUAACCUGUUAUUUUAAGAAGAGCUUUUUAAGUUGAUGAAGUGAGAGAACUAAAAUGGGAGUAGGAAGGUGCGGAGUGGUGAAGUGGAAAUGAUUGUAUGAAGUGUAAUGGAGGAGGUGUGGCAGCUAUGAUUACUGGUUUACACAGUGCACAGAUGACCUUAAAAAAUGCUAAUGUUCCCAGCCAAGAAAGCCAGUAAAGCACUGGAAGUUUCUGUAGAAUCCUCCAGAUUAUUUUGUUAGUGAUAGAGCACAUUUUGCUAAUGCUGUGCAGCGUUGCAGAAGAAGAGAUCCUAGAGGAAACACUGGAGAUGUGGGUAAUUUAGUAGCUGUGUAGGUGGCUGAGUCAGUGGCUGUGGCAUGGACCUGAGGUAGGCAGGUACAGCCUACUGUAGUUUCCAUUUUGUCCCAUGGGGCUGGUCAAAUGACAAUAUCCCUAAAUAAUCAUCUGUGGUUUUCCGUGGGGACAGCGUGGUUUUUGCUGCCUUUCCAAGUGUUUUGAGAUGCUGAGUUGAAAAUCCCUAUUCCAAAUUGGGCUGUAGUUUUUAGAUAUCUUGUUUAAUUUUAAAAAAUCCCUAUAGUAGACCAGUGUGCAGGUAUGGUUAAGUGUACAUUUCCCUUGAAGUGAAACUAAAAGCCAGGUUUAUUAGUACUGAAAUUGUUAUUUUUCUGAGUUCUAACAAGGGUUUCAAAACUCUUAAAUCCCCUUCAAAACAAUAGUUGUGUUCCAAAGCAUGAACUAAGAAUUAUAAGUAGGUUGCCUACAUUUCCUCUGUAGUAAGCUGCUUCCAUGAAUUUAAACACAUGGUCCAAAAGACAUUGUGCUAAUAUGUCACCUUAUACAAAAUAUAUUACUUUUAGGUACACAAUAUUGAUCUGGUGCUUUCAGGUCUGCUUGGAAGCAGUCUGAUUUGUUGUACUCUCAGUAUAAAUUAGAUUGAAUAUUUCAGACUAGGGAAAAGAAAUGUUGUUCUUACAUAAAAUGCCUAGGAAUUGUUAAUUGCCAAAUAUAAAACUGGAAAUCCAGAGGAAACCAGGUACUGAAGACUGAUUAUAUAUAGCCUUGAAAACAUACCAAUCUGACAUAUCCAUGUUGACAGAAGUAUUGAAAGAAGCAAACAUACUUAGCUAUUUGUGUCAUACUGGGUUUUAAAAACAUUGUUAAUUUUUGCCACAGUUCACUUCUAUCUGCAGAAAUCUUUUUGAAUGGGAGGGCAGGCUCUAAAAUGUAGCUUGUGCCUUUUCCAUUUCUGAACUUUGCACUGUGAUCUUCGUAACCUGAUAGACGCAGUUUCAAUGACAUGAUGGACAACCAGAACUUCAAGCAGCAAUUCUUGAGACAGAACAUCAGCUGUGAGGUGCUAAAAGGAGCAGUUAUAACAAACAAUUUAUUCCAGUAUUUAUGGGAUUAUCUGAGGUGGGUGAGGAAAUGUGUGUCUUCUGGUUUAUCUUUCUGUUUCUAGCUAAAAGAAGUUGUGUUCACUUUCAGAGGUGGUUGUGCUCAAAUCUGGUAGUUACAGUUUUGGUUUUGUAGAGUAACACUGCUACCUCCUCCCCUUCAGCUUUCAGUUCUGUCCAUCAGCAGUCUGCUUUUGCAGUAAUAGACUUGACCUUAUUAGACUUGACUUUAUGUGAAUUUUUCUACUGAACACUGUAGGAUUGCUUUUUUUUGUAAGCAUAUGGCUCCGAGUGAGUGUUGAAAAUAAGAAGUUUCUCUUCUAGAUACCAAGUGAAAUUAAACUUCACAACCCUCUAUAAAAAUAUUUUUUAAAACAUUGUUUAGUUGUUCAGUUAACUUAUAAAUGACUAUUCAAUUUUUAGCACUUUUGUUCUGAGCCUUGAAAAGGGAUGCAUUUUUACAUGUAGUUGUGCUUGUUGCUUCAUGAAGUUCUGGAUGUUUUAAGAAUAUCCACUGUCCAAAUCCAGUCACAAUGUGAGUCAGAGGUGGAUUUAUUUGUCAAAAAACUUAAAAUUUCUCUAAAAGCCUGUCCAAUUUUGCCAAAUGUGUAUCUGUUUUUAUGGGGAUGAAAUCAGAUGAUUAUGCAAGAUUUGAACAGAGUUUGUUAAGUAAGAAAAGUUGUAUGAAAAAUUCUUGCAGCAAAUGGCAAAGAUGAUGCUGAUCUCUAGGGAUGUCAGAGCUCUCAGGGACAAAUAAAGGUGCUAUAUACUGUCAAGAGACAGAUUUGGUGGUCUUUUGUUGACUAGGUAGGAGAUGCUUUCUAGGAUCAAAUUAUGUGGAGAGACAGGAGAAGAACAUGCAAACUGUAGUAAGGACUUCCGCAUAUUUGAUUUCUUUCUUAGUUGCUCUGAUGAGAGAUUUUUUGGCCAGUGAACCUUUAUAGUCUUGGGCUAAAACCUGUUCUCUAAGAAGCUAAAUCAGAGCCCUGUCCAUUACAGAGAUGUCACUGACAGCUGGGUUAGCUUCAGGCUGCAGGUCCCGCCUGGCCCUGUUGGGUGAGGGAGAAGCUUUGAGGUGCACAGGGGAGUUUUGCAUAGCCUCUGCAGCCUGCACAGAAGUGCUCUCCUUUUCUACUGUCCCCCAGGAAGAGCAGGAAAAGUUUUAUGCCUUAGUAUUUCUCUCAUUGGAAUACCUUUCACACAAGUGAACAAUAAAAGUGCAGGGUGAUACAGUUUAGAAAAACGUUUAAUUCAAAGCAGGUGACCAAGGCAGUGUUCCUGUAUUUCUGUGGAUGAAAAGCUGCUCUAAGUUAAAAUACAGUAAUAACAAAUAAAAAGAAAAUAUUUACUAAGGUGGACAAGAUUCUUGACAUUUUACGUUUGGCUCCUAUUGUAAUCCUGUGUAUCUCUUUUUGAAGCGGGCAACACUUGGAGCAAUUUUCUCCAAAAUGUCUCCUUUAAAUUUAAUAAGUAAGACUGAGGCUGCUGCUUCUGGUGCUGCUGCUGCAUAUUUUGUGUUGGAGCAGCUGUUAAAGUUGAGUGGCUCAUAUAUUUUGAUGGCUUCUGGACCAAACUUGGAAACUGCAGGGUUGUUUAUCAUGGUUGUGUAAUGAGACCUCAGUUUUAAUCUCAAUAGCAUUACUAAAUCCCCGGACUUAAAAACAGUGAACCCAUUACUCAAUUUCAGUAGUUCAAAUUAUCUAUUUAAAAGAAUCAAUGCUUCAGAACUAAGUGCUAAGAACUCAGUGCUUUAGUGUUUAGGGUUGAGGUUUUUUGUGAUAGAGCGAAGUUGUGGAAAGCCAGAGUCCAGCCCUGCAAGAUGCAAAAUUCCUGCAGUUCUUCAUGAUUCCGUAGGAAUUAGAAUGGGCUUACUGCCAGUGAAAGCUUGAGCCCUUGAAGCAUGAAUAUGCACGUCUGCUUUAAAUUUAAAUACAGAUUACAAGAAUUAACCAAAAGAAUGCAGCAGGAAUGUGCAUAUGGGAAAGUACAACAUUCAGAGGAAAAGUAGAUGAGAGUUCAAAAGAAAUUCUCUUGUGCAAGAACAGAAUUUUGGACAUAGAGAGUCAGGAUUUGAGGAGUGGCAGAAGGCAUUUGGAGGAGGAUUUGGAAUGUUUGGUAUCCAAAGUAGAGCUGCUAGUAGGGUUUGAGUCAUAUGGUAUGUUUUUCAUGGCAUGGUAGGGUAAGUGAAUAUGUAGUCAUAGGUGUUAUUUUUACUGGCUUUUUAAAAUGUGAUUUUUUAAACUCCAAAUAUUUUUUCAGAGGCUGUUAUUUUUACAUAUCUUCCUUUCCAAAUGUAUUGAAUGCAAUCUGUCAGCUCAAUUUCUGUUUACUUACUACAGGUCAGAUUUUUCAAACCACAGUCUCUGGUUUUACAGAUACAAAAUGCAGGGGGAAUAGGCAUACUUGCAGUUUUGCAGUGAUAAUUUCUAAUGGAUGCAGGUGAGAUGAUUCAAAAGUCUAACUAUGUUUUAAUGAAGCCAGGUGUUUACAGUUGGUGUGAGUUGCACCAAUUUAAGGCUGGGCUAACAAUGAGACUCUUGAAAUGUGGAAUUCAUGUACUGAGAAGUUCUGUUGCAGUGAAGCAUUUGCGUUAAAGCAGUGUAAUACUGUGCGUAUUUAAAAAGAAACUGUUGCUAAAUAGCCUUUGGUUCUAUUCUUUGCUGUUUUCCACACCAUGCUGUGUUCAGUGGUGGAGAAUAACCUCCACUGUGUUUGUUUGGUUGAAAUCUAUUCUUCAGCUCUACUUAGGGAACGAAGAUAGAAAUCAAAUGUAAAGGAUCUAAUGAACAGAGUUUACAGCAGAUCCAGCCUGUGGCAAGUCAAAGAGCAAGUCUGUAGAUAUUGUAAUGUUCUUUUGGUUCAGAUAUGCAGCAAUUGAAACUACCAAAUUAUUAAUUUUAUGAGUUUCAGAAGGUGCCUGACUUUUAUAAAGGGAAUUAAAUGCUCUUUUUCCAUUUGGAAAUAUUUAGGUAAAAUUAGGAGACUUUCUUUUAAUAUACUUUAAAGACAUUGCAAAUACCAUUAUUUUUAGAAUGGUAGGAAAUUUGAUGGAGAAAACCCCUGUAAAAUCCUCCAGUCUGUCACCUUGCUAAUCCUGGAUAAUUCUGACAGACGAGGUGUGUAUGCUCUUUAUGAAGAUACUUGCUUAAAUUGCUUUGAAAUACCCAACUUACCUGUCCUCUUUGUGGCUUUUCUGGGAGCACUUGGAUGGAAAUUUAAGAAGCUUUACCUGGCAAAUCAGCAAGUAUGUACACUCCUGCACACUGCUGAAGUAUUUUCAUUCAUUAAAAGCAAACAGAUGCUAAGAAAUCCUAUCAGCAGUUUUGUAGGAUUGAGUCCUUAGUGUCAGAGGAACACAGGAUCUGGCUCCAUUUUCUUCAGUUUUCACUCGAGCCAGUAUGCAAGGAUUUAAAUGGAACUUUGUUUAAAGGUAGCAAACAUGAAGUAUUAUUUUCUAGUAGUAAGCUAGCAGUUAACAUGUCUAUUUUUUGCUGUCUUGCCACCAAUACUGUAAAAAUGUAUAAUCAAACCAGCUUUAAUUCUUGUAAAACUGAAAUUGGUUUGUAAAACAAUGUAUAAAUUGUGUUUCAUAGACAGAAAAGCUUGUAUUACUGAAUGUAAUAUAUGUGAAAUGAAUAUAUUAUAGUCUAUUUUUGCCAUGGAAAUAAAUAUUUGAAGCAAUUA